AAACAAAGAAAUUGAAGGAUUCUGCUCCGGGUGGCCGAGGCGUGGGUGGCACGCCGGUAGAAACGCUGCACCCCGCCCCUGAGAUAGCUCGGACACCAGGCGCCGCGCUCUGGGCAUCUCACGAGGUAGCCCGCGGGAGGGGUCGUCGCGAGCGCGCGCGGGGUCUCACGCGGCUCGGAUGCUCAGCGCGCAUGCUCCAUCGGCCAACUCUCCGGGAGGGGCGGGAGACCCGGCGCUCAGUAGCCGGGGGGAGGAGCGCUCGCGCAGCCGCCCCUGACGGGAGCGGGCUCCGCCGCUACUGCAGCGCUCAGCGCCGGGCCCUGCCGGAGCCGGGACUAGCAUGUGCGGCGCCUCUCGGGAGGCGGCGGCGGCGGCGGCGGCUCCUCUGCAGCAGCAGCAGCAGCGGCAGCAGCGGCGGCCGCCAUGGCCAAGGCCAGCGUGGAGCUCACCCGCGAGCUGCAAGACAGCAUCCGGAGGUGCCUGAGCCAAGGGGCUGUGCUCCAGCAGCAUCGUGUGAAACUGGAGACAAAACCCAAGAAGUUCGAGGACCGAGUGCUGGCUCUGACUUCCUGGCGUCUCCACCUUUUCCCCCUUAAAGUUCCAGCCAAGGUGGAAAGUUCAUUCAAUGUCCUGGAGAUCCGUGCCUUCAACACGCUCAGUCAGAACCAGAUCCUGGUGGAGACUGAGCGUGGCGUGGUGAGCAUGCGGCUGCCAUCAGCUGAGAGCGUGGAGCAGGUGACGCGGCAUGUGAGCUCUGCCCUCUCCAAGGUCUGCCCUGGCCCUGGGUGUUUGAUCCGGCGUGGAAACGCAGACACCCCAGAGGGGCCCCGAGACACAUCUCCCAACUCUGAAACUUCCACAUCUACCACUCACAGUGUGUGUGGUGGCUUCUCUGAGACCUAUGCUGCCCUAUGUGACUACAAUGGACUCCACUGCCGAGAGGAGGUGCAGUGGGACGUGGACACCAUCUACCACGCUGAGGAUAACCGAGAGUUCAAUCUUCUGGAUUUCAGCCACUUGGAGAGCCGAGAUCUGGCCCUUAUGGUGGCCGCCCUGGCCUACAACCAGUGGUUCACCAAACUCUACUGCAAAGACUUGAGACUGGGCUCAGAAGUGCUAGAACAGGUGCUACACACCCUCAGCAAGUCGGGCAGCCUCGAAGAGCUGGUGCUGGACAAUGCGGGGCUUAAGACGGACUUUGUCCAGAAGCUGGCCGGGGUGUUUGGGGAGAACGGGAGCUGUGUGCUGCAUGCCCUCACUCUGUCCCACAACCCCAUCGAGGACAAGGGUUUCCUCAGUCUCAGCCAGCAGCUCCUCUGCUUUCCCACGGGCCUCACCAAACUGUGCCUGGCCAAGACUGCCAUCUCCCCUCGAGGGCUCCAGGCACUGGGCCAGACCUUCGGGGCCAACCCGGCCUUUGCCAGCUCCCUUCGAUACCUGGACCUGAGCAAGAACCCAGGACUGCUUGCCACAGACGAGGCCAAUGCCCUCUAUAGUUUCUUGGCCCAACCCAACGCCUUGGUACACCUGGACCUUUCAGGGACAGACUGUGCCGUCGACAUGCUUCUGGGCGCCCUACUCCAUGGCUGCUGCGCCCACCUCACCUACCUCAACCUGGCUCGAAACAGCUGCUCCCACAGGAAGGGCCGGGAGGCCCCACCAGCCUUCAAGCAGUUCUUCAGCAGCGCCUACACCCUGAGCCAUGUCAACCUGUCAGCCACAAGGCUGCCCCUGGAGGCCCUCAGGGCACUUCUUCAGGGCCUCUCCCUCAACAGUCACCUCAGUGAUCUGCACCUGGACCUCAGCAGCUGUGAGCUCCGCUCAGCAGGAGCCCAGGCCUUGCAGGAGCAGCUGGGGGCUGUCACCUGUAUAGGCAGCCUAGAUCUGUCUGACAACGGGUUUGACUCAGACCUCCUGACGCUGGUGCCUGCACUCGGCAAGAACAAGUCUCUCAAGCACUUAUUCCUAGGAAAGAACUUCAAUGUCAAGGCCAAGACUUUGGAGGAGAUCCUGCACAAGCUGGUACAGUUAAUCCAGGAAGAGGACUGUUCCCUGCAGUCACUCUCCGUGGCAGACUCCAGGCUGAAACUGCGCACCAGCAUCCUCAUCAAUGCUCUGGGCAGCAACACCUGCCUGGCCAAGGUGGACCUGAGUGGCAACGGCAUGGAGGACAUCGGGGCCAAGAUGCUGUCGAAGGCGCUUCAGAUAAAUUCUUCCCUCAGAACUAUCCUAUGGGAUCGGAAUAAUACGUCUGCCCUGGGCUUCCUGGACAUUGCAAGGGCCCUGGAGAGCAACCACACACUGCGCUUCAUGUCCUUCCCUGUGAGUGACAUCUCUCAAGCUUACCGCAGUGCCCCUGAGCGCACAGAGGACGUGUGGCAGAAGAUCCAGUGGUGCCUGGUGAGGAACAACCACUCCCAGACCUGCCCUCAGGAGCAAGCCUUCAGGCUGCAGCAGGGCCUGGUGACCAGCAGCGCCGAGCAAAUGCUGCAGCGGUUGUGUGGACGAGUGCAGGAGGAGGUGCGGGCCCUGAGACUAUGUCCCCUGGAGCCUGUGCAGGACGAGCUGCUCUAUGCCCGGGACCUCAUCAAGGACGCCAAGAACUCCCGGGCGCUCUUUCCCAGCCUCUAUGAGCUGGGUCACGUGUUGGCCAAUGAUGGACCGGUGCGGCAGAGACUCGAGUCGGUAGCCAGCGAGGUAUCCAAAGCUGUGGACAAGGAGCUUCAGGUGAUUCUGGAGUCCAUGGUCAGCCUAACGCAGGAACUGUGCCCCGUGGCCAUGCGGGUGGCUGAAGGGCACAACAAGAUGCUGAGCAAUGUGGCAGAACGCGUCACCGUGCCCCGGAACUUCAUCCGCGGAGCGCUGCUGGAGCAGGCGGGACAGGACAUCCAGAACAAGCUGGAUGAGGUGAAGCUCUCGGUUGUCACCUACUUGACCAACUCCAUAGUGGAUGAGAUCCUGCAGGAGCUGUAUCACUCCCACAAGAGCCUGGCCCGGCACCUGACCCAGCUGAGGACACUGUCGGAUCCAUCAGGAGGGGCGAGCCAAGGGCAGGAUCCAUCUUCCCGAGGCAGAGGCAGGAACCACGACCAUGAGGAAACGGAUGAUGAGCUUGGGACCAAUAUCGACACCAUGGCCAUCAAAAAGCAGAAACGCUGCCGGAAGAUCCGGCCAGUGUCCGCCUUCAUCAGUGGGAGCCCUCAGGGCAUGGAAAGCCAACUGGGAGACCUGGGGAUCCCUCCUGGCUGGUUCUCGGGACUCGGAGGCGGCCAGCCCACAGCGAGUGGCUCCUGGGAAGGCCUGUCUGAGCUACCUACUCAUGGCUAUAAACUAAGGCAUCAAACACAAGGGAGGCCUCGGCCUCCCAGGACCACCCCGCCAGGACCCGGUCGGCCCAGCGUGCCAGUGCCUGGGCCCCGUCAGGAGAAUGGGAUGGCCACCCGUCUAGACGAGGGGCUGGAGGACUUCUUCAGCAGAAGGGUCAUGGACGAAAGCUCCAGCUACCCCCGGACUCUGAGGACCGUGCGGCCAGGUCUCUCAGAGACACCACUGCCUCCACUCCAGAAGAAGAGGCGGCGAGGCCUGUUUCACUUCCGCCGGCCCCGAAGCUUCAAGGGGGACAGGGGACCAGGGUCCCCCACUGCUGGACUCCUCCUUCCUCCACCCCCACCUCCACCCCCAACUCAGGAGAGCCCUCCCAGCCCAGACCCUCCAAGCCUUGGCAAUAACUCAUCUCCUUGUUGGAGCCCAGAGGAGGAGAGCAGCCUCCUUCCGGGAUUUGGCGGGGCCCGGGGAUCUUCCUUCUGCAGGAAGAUGGGCACAGAGAGAAUGGAGGCAGGAGAGGGAGCCCCAGCCCCUGGGACAGCACAGCAGUCAAGGGUGCAUGGUGUUGCCCUUCCUGGCUUGGGAAGAACCAAAGGAUGGAGCUUUGAUGGGAAACGAGAGGGCACAGACCCAGACCAGGAGGACAGCAGCCAGGCGUGGCAAAAACGGCGCUCUUCAGAUGAUGCAGGGCCUGGAGCCUGGAAGCCACCACCGCCCCCACAAAGCUCCAAGCCAAGCUUCAGCGCCAUGCGCCGAGCAGAAGCCACAUGGCAUAUAGCUGAGGAGAGUGCCCCCAACCACAGCUGCCAAAGCCCUAGCCCAGCUUCCCAGGGUGGAGAAGAAGAAAAGGAGGGAGCCUUAUUUCCAGAGAGAAUGGUCCCAGCUAGGAAUGCCAAGCUGCAGGAUCCCCCCAUAGGUCCACGUCCCCCUAAGCCAGUAGCUGUGCCCAGGGGCCACAGGGCGCCCCAGGUGCCAGGAGGCAGAGAAGAGGUGGAGAGCAGUGCUGCUCCGGGAGCCAGCAAGGCCCGGCUGAGACUGGGCUCACAGCAAGACCAGGAGGAGCCAGAAGGACAAGGACCCUCUGAUCACGGCCGCCGAACAGCCCCCCUGAAACCCAAGCGAACCCGACGAGCACAGUCCUGUGACAAACUGGAACCUGAGCGAAGACGGCCACCUGACCCUACAGGUGUCUGUGCAGGAACCGAUGAAGCAGGAACAGACUGACAGCUGCUGAACGCCCUCCCCAGCCUUCCUCGACAUGUGCCUCACAAGGACUCAGGCCCCAUCCACCCCUGCGCCCCCAUCCCGGUGCCAUCCCGGUGACACCACUAAGAUGGCAUAGGGGAGCAGGAGUGGGGACUGGAAGGGAGGGAGUGACCUGAAGCAGAGAGGCUGUCACACCUGCCUGGAGCUGCCUUGGCAGAGCGCUUUGGGCAGAGGCUGUCUCUUCCUUGGGGGGGAGGGUAAACCUCUGCCCCUCUAUGCCCAGGGGCUCUCUCCCCACUUGUAUAGAAUUAAAAAAAAAAAGUCACUGUCUGCCUCUGGUCUCUGCUGGGCAAGAUUUGCAUUGUCCCCGCCUCGACCUCUUCCCACGAGCCCCCAGAGUUUGGCCACUGUUGGGGAAAGGAAAGAACAGCUCACACGUCUGAAUCAGGGCUUCCAAGAGAAGAUGGAACAGCAGAACUGCUGACAAAGGGUGACAAGUCACGGGCUAUCGCAGAAUCGAGGCUGUAGAAGAGACGAAUGUGACAGGGAAACACUGUG